GAGCUCCGAUUCCUAAUCUCAAUUCUCGAACCAACCUAAAAUCAUCGUCUUCCAUUGAAUAAACGAAUCAGGAUGGUCCAGAACGAGUUCGAAAUGCGGCGAAGCUCCCUUGAAAUUUAGAAAAACAUUAUUGAUAUCAAAUUCAAAAAUUCAUUGGUUACACCUUGAGCUCCCCUCAUAGACCCCACGACCUCCCUCCUCAUCCGCUCUCCGCCUCACACAGCCACACAGACCGCUCACACGGCCGUUGUUCUGCUGUCUCUGACAGCUCCCCCCUUAUUCAGAACCAACGUUAAAAAAGGCUAAGGCUACCUGAAAUCAGAAUUCCGCUUAGAAGAAGACACUGGUUUUGAACCUUUGGUUGACUGGUUUUGCUUUCUGGUUCAUCCUUUUUGUCUGUGUUUAUGAUGAACCCAUCAACCUCAGUUAUCAGAUUCUCUCCCUUCCCCGUUGAUCCUCCAUGCACCUGCCGGAUUCCCUCCGAUACAGUGGCCAAAGGCUGUUGGUAGGCGGCAGUCUUGUACCUAUUAUGUAACUGGUAGUCAUGACCUUUCUCUAUAUCAAUUUAAUACAAUGCUUCACAAUAAUUGGUUCCCGAGUUACAUGACAGCAUAUAUUCGUGAUUCCCCAUUGAGAAGGGCUGGCACACUAAAUGCUAUUUUGUCGCGUUGCUUUUCUUUUACUCCCCGUGAGGUGUUUGAUAGAAGUCCCGAAAGACAUGUAGUCACUAUGCAUGACAAUGAGUGCGAAGCAUUGGCAUCUUUUGUCCAGAGAAAUAGCUUAGGCAUGAAACCCUCUAAGUUUCAGCUUUGCACUGCUCUUAAUUGCUGUGCCAAGACACAAAACUCGCACCUGGGUUCGCAAAUCCAUGCCAAAAUACUUCAUAUAGGUCUCGAUCAGAAUUUGUAUAUAAAUAGUUCAUUGGUGAACGCGUAUGCCAAAUGUGGUGCUAUUGUUGAUGCAAUGAGCGUUUUUAAUGGAAUAGAAUUUCAUGACACAGUAUCAUGGACUUCAAUGAUAUCCGGGCUUUCACAAAAUGGGCAGGGAAGAGAAGCCCUUUGUUUAUUCAAACAAAUGUUGGCAACUCUAGUUAGACCGAAUUGUUUCACUUAUGUUGGCGCUAUUAGCGGGUGUACAGAGCAAGAAUCUGUAUGGAAAUGUGGUGAGUUGCUCCAUGCUCAUGUUAUAAUACUAGGGCAUGAAAAUAACAACUUUGUGACAAGCUCUCUCAUCGAUUAUUAUUCAAAAUGUGGGAAAAUGGAGAAAGUUGUGGUUUUAUUUGAGGCAUGCGCAACAAGUGAUCCUAUUCUUGUGAAUUCUAUGAUCUCAGCAUACUCCCAUAACCUUCAAGGCGAAGAGGCAAUCAAACUUUUUAUGAAAAUGCGUAAUGCGGAUGCGAGCCUGAGUGAACAUGCUUUGACCAGCAUUUUGGAUGCUUGUGGGGCCUUGACGGUUCUCCAACAAGGAAGACAGGUGCAUGCUUACGUAACAAAGGUGGGUUCAGUUCACAACGUGUUUGUGGUUGGUGCUUUGAUCGAUAUGUACUCAAAAUGUGGCAACAUUGAUGAAGCUCUUUGUGUUUUUAAUGAGGCAGACUACAAAAACAACAUAUUAUGGACUUCAGUGAUCACAGCGUGCGCACAAAGUGGUAGAAGUCUGGAGGCUUUGGAAUUCUUUGAUCAUUUAGUGAUCAAGGAAAAAAGAUUCAGCCCAGAUCAUGUAUGUUUCACGGUCGUUUUGACUGCUUGCAACCACUCUGGACUUCUUGAUAAAGGGAUUGGGUAUUUUGAAAAGAUGAGGUCAGAUUAUAAUUUGGUUCCUGAAAUCGAUCAAUAUGCUUGCUUGAUUGAUCUUUAUGCAAGAAAAGGUGAUCUUAAAAGGGGGAAAAAGGUAAUGGAGGAAAUGCCAUUCACUGCAAAUGCUGUGAUGUGGAGUUCUUUCUUGAGUUGUUGUAAAGAGUAUGGGAACGUAGAGCUUGGGAAAGAGGCAGCUUAUAAGCUGUUUGAACUCGAACCACAUAGUCCUGUGCCAUAUCUGAUUUUAGAGGAUAUAUAUGCCGGCGCCGGUUUAUGGAAUGAGGUGCUUCAGUUAAGGAAGUUGAUGAAUGAUAAUGGAGUAAGAAAAUGUACAGCAGGGUGUAGUUGGGUUGAGAUAGAGAAUGAAGUGCAUGUUUUCUCUGUGGGUGAUUCAUCUCAUCCUGAGUCAGAGGACAUUCAUUUGGAAUUGAGAAAGCUUAGCUUGGAGAUGUUGAAUGAAGUGCAUGUUUUCCCACGGAAUGCUCCUAAGAGUGGCGAUUACGAGUUGAUGAUGAUAAGCUCGCUCUUCUAGCCACCACAGAGAUGUAAGCUGAAGAAGAGAGAAAGCCAGAACAAGAGAAGAGGUAGGGUGUUAAGGAGAAAACAGCCACUCUGCCCAUGUUUUUCCAAGAACAACCACCCCACCAUUCUUUUUGAAGAACAAAUUCACCAGCAAAACCCAUUUUGAAGAACAACAAUCCCACCACUAUUUUUUACCCAUUUUUGCAUAUAUAAUUAUAUGGUGGUUGUCUUGUUUGUGUGUUUCUUAGUGGUGAUAGAUGGUGUAAUGAGGACGAAGAUGAGGGAGGGACUUACGAAGGGCCAGAGAUGAGGGAGGAGGGAGGGUGUUGGAGAAGAGUACACUUGUGUUCAGAAAAAUCGUUGGACCUCUCAACCGGUCAAACCAAGUCAAAUCAAACUGUUGUCGACGGUUUGAGUGGUUUGAUUGUCCGGCCCCGUUUGAAAAAUAGGCAAACUGCUCGGACUGCAGUUUGAACAUUUUUUAAGCGGUCUAAACUGA